GAAACAAAAAGCUUACAGCUUCGGCGUCCCGCUUGUUUACACCAUCACCACAAUAAGUUUAUUUUCAGCGGGGGGGUGCGAGCCCGCAGCCCCCUCCCUCCAGCCAGCCUCUCCGGUUCUCCGUGAUGCCCCGAGCGGCUCUGUAAGGAUUCACCCCCCCAUCAUCAGCCACGUCAGGCGGUGGGUGCACCGUGACUCAGAGCCCACCUUUCAAAACAUGUUGGAGCCGGGACUCGAACCCAGAACUGGCACGAGCUCCAAAAGCCGCUUCAAACGAAGACAACCCGAGGGAAAGAGGCCCCUGAACUCUCAUGGCCCCCCGGGUGGAAACUGCAGUAAGGGCCACAUUAAACUCGUGGUGCCCGGCAGGUUCUACAUCACGGGUCAGUUUGGACCGAACCUCAAACAUCUUGGCUACCACUCCGGUUCUGAUGGCGCAGGCCAGGGCCAGGGGAAGCAGACGAGGAGCAGAGGUCAUCAUCCCAGCAGCUCGAUGGAGAGCUGGCAGAGACUACAGCCGUCGGUGGAGUGUGAAGACGACGCCAUGAUCCUCACGGUCAGGAGGAAACGAGCGAUACAGCUGCUGCUCGAUCGAGCGAACGGGUCGUCGUCGCUGCUGUUCCAGCUCCCUCCUCAGUGCGGUUACUUUGUUCGAAUCACACCAAGAGACCUCAGUCUGAAGGCGCAGUACGACGCCUGCCACGUCACUCGGGAGGAUGGCAGUUUUGUUUUGCCCCUGCUUUGGAGGGGGGUCCCAGUCAGGGUGUCCUGUCCCGUCUCUCACAACAAGCUUCCAGGUGAGGGGGCGUCUUUCCUCUGCUGCUCCCCUCAUGGUGUAGCGUUCAAACUGCAAGAACUGUCUGCUGUCAAGGAGCCACAGAUCAGUGUGAGAGGAGAAUGGACCCCUUUGUUGUUGUUGGUGGAGCAGUGUGGCUACACUGUGCAAAAACAAGAUGAAGGGAUUACCAUCUUUGUCCCGUUUGACGCAUGUGGUGUCGCAGUGAAGGAUGGAGAACAAACACUUUCUCUUCGAAUAGGAAAGAAAAUCUAUACAAUGGCCUGUCCUAUCCAACCCCUCGAACUUCCAGUCACCCAUCAACCUCUCGCUGACGGUCCUUUUAGUUUUACCAAGAAAGUUGCAAAUCCCAAACUCAACUUGGGUCCUUUCUUGUGGGUCCCACCUUUCUACUUGGCCCCACCUAACUAUCCUCACCCUACAUAUCCCCAGCCUAAAGGACGGGGCUCUUCUAACCCUACAGCUUUGGCUCGUGGUGUUGUGUUCAGCUCCCAGCCAACGAGCCAGGACCAUUACUCCCAUCAAGAUCCUCUUAAGGAGUCUUAUAAACACUUCAGAGCCCGCAGGCCUCUUUCAUUCAAAGAUCAAAUGAAGGAUUCGGGUCGAGCGCAUCGAGAGAAACAAAAUCGGUCCAGGUGCAUCUGGAAGAUUACGAUCCUCAACCAAGUCUCAAAGCCACAAGUUUUCGUCGAUGCUCCCAAACAACCAUCAGCUUAA